AUGGCUGCUCGUGUUCCGUUAAUCUUCGGCACUAUGACCAUUGGUCAGGCUAGCCUAGGUGCAGUCCGUACAUCGGAUAUGGCGACGGCCCAGAAUCUCCUUGACGUGUUCUACGGCCACGGUUACAAGGAGCUCGACACCGCUCGCAACUACGGCAAUGGAACCACCGAGGAGUAUUUAUCCAAGUUGGAUCUCAAGGACUCCACUAUCGACACCAAGGUCUAUCCCAAUAGUCCGGGCGACCACAAGCCUGCCAAGCUGCGCGAAACAUUCCUGACCUCGCUCAAGGCGCUUGGACGUCAAAAGGUACGAGUGCUGUACCUUCACGCGCCAGACAGGAGCGUGCGUUUUGAGGAGACACUGGAGGAGAUGAACAACCUCUACAAGGAGGGCCUUUUCGAGAUCUUUGGGCUCUCAAACUAUGCCGCCUGGGAAGUCUCUUCCAUCUGCGAGAUCUGCAAGGGCCGUGGAUGGGUCAUGCCCGGUAUCUAUCAAGCAAUGUACAACGCCUUGCAGCGUGCUAUCGAUGUCGAGCUCGUUCCUUGCCUGCGCAAGUACAACAUCCGCCUGGUCGUGUACAACCCUCUUGCUGGCGGCCUUUUCUCUGGCAAGAUCACUUCAGUUGACCAGCUUCCGGACGAGGGCCGUUUCAGUGGAGACAGUUCUGGUGCAAAGAUGUACCGGGAACGUUAUGUGAAGGAGACCUACAUCAACGCAUUGAAGGAUAUCAAAACCGUCGGGGACAAGCACGGUUUGAGACUGACCGAAAUUGCGCUUCGGUGGUGCCAGCAUCAUUCUGCCCUCACCCCGAAGAACGGUGUCAUUCUAGGAGCCAGCAGCGCCGAGCAGUUGGAGAUGAACUGUACGGACAGUGCCAAAGGCCCGCUUCCCGCGGAUGUCGUCGAGGCGCUGGAUAAGGGCUGGACGAAUGUUGGGCCCAGCGCCCCUCUGUACUGGCGCUAA